GGGCCCUUUUAAUAGUUUUUUGGCUUGUUUAUGGAGGAAAACUUGAAGACACUAUCUAAAGGUAAAGUUAUAGAUUUUUCCGCACUUUCAAGUUUUUUGUUACCACGAAGCUCUAAAAAGGUAAAGAUUCAAAAGCAUGAAAAAAGUGAUUUUUACAGCAAGUCGUUGAGUAACCUUGAGUUUAAAAAAGGGAGAAGAGAGGUGGCAACUUUGGGGAUCUCCGGUUUUUCAAAAAAGUUGAGAAAGUCUUAUAACAUCGAAAAGAUCGGAAAACUCUGUGGACAAGUAGAUUUUACUAUUUUUUGGUCAAUCUAUGUGCAUAACAAUUUUUUAAAGCCCCCUACGAAAGUUAAAAUGCCUAUAUAUAUACUAAAUGGUAUUAGAAAGAAACAAAAAAGGAAACUUAUUAAGCAAAAGGAGGAGGAGCAAUGUAGCAACAGUUACAUAAAGCGUAAAGUUAGUCUUAAAAAAAAAAGGACUGUAGGGGCCAACUUUAGGUUUAAAGGUUAUAAUUUUGACUCUUUUGCUGGAAAGUUCUAUAAGGGUACUUUACACAUAAAUCCCUCUUUAUUAAAUAAUAGAAGAAAGCGGCGCACUACUCGGUAGUGCGGGCAUUCUGCCAUUGUGU